UUUACCGGCCCAGCAGGAGAAUUCAUCUCGCCGAGCUACGCCCCCGCAGCCAGCGCCGAGUAUCGCGCUCAGACACGGGUGGGAGGAUCGUGCUCAGACCGUGCUGAUUUAAAAGACGAGUCGUCAUUGUUGCAGCCCUCAGACGCUUCCCGUUGGUGGUGUGCGUGAAAUUACUCCCGAGAAGCUAGCGGUGUACAGUGACGGAUGCAAGGCACUAUCCCAAAGGGUAGUUGUGUGAUCAGGAAACAGUCCGCACCAGGCUUUUUUAAUUAAGCUGCUCCCUAGCUGUAUAUGACAGCGAAAAGUGGCCCAGGCAACUGUACGAAAUCUGACACUACGUGUGCUGUGUGUAAUGCCGCAUUUCGUCAGGUCAUUCGAUAUUUGGAUGUAAUGAUCUUAGGUUGGACAGUUCAAGAGUUUCACGAUUUUUUUGUUUGCGGUUGCUGAGGAGGUGUGCAACCUUGCCCUUCAUUUAGCCUUAAUUGGAACAUGAGAGCUGAGAACACCUUGCCCCCCCCCCCCCACCCCGUACGCAAUUAACCAGUCUUCACAUGUCAUUCGAUGAUUUGCUCACCAAUUAUCGACUGGACUAUUUAGUGGUGUCCACCGCCACCAAAAGUGAUUUGAUUUUAUUGCCGUUUCCUGGACUGGAAAUAACUCGAUCGUGAACUCCAACUCAACCAGACUCGGACUGAAAAGAAAUCAAUCGGUCAAGAUUUUAGUUUCGGGACUGAUUUCCUUUUUAAAACUUACACCUGCCCUCUUUUUGGACUUCGAUCGUUUUAUUGGACCUUAUAGGAGGAUUUGACUCCACCACACUCAAGGUGGCAAGGUGGGACAGGUGGUUCUAUCACUUAAUCAAAACGAAUCUCGCAUUCACUUUGAGUAUCUGUCUGCUAUGCACGUACUUGGCAUCCCCAGCAGAGCUAUGGAGUUUUUAGGCUCCGACUACAAUAACCAGUCUGUACUCUUCGAUGAAGAUGCAGAUAUAGUGGUACCCAUCAUCGUUCUGGUGGUGCAGAUACUCGGGAUUGUCGGCAACACCAGCGUCAUCCUGAUCAUCCUCGGUUUUAGAGACAUGAGAAAUAUUCCCAAUCUACAGAUACUGAGUAUGGCAAUCGGAGAUUUCGUCUUUCUUGUCAUGAACGUUCCGGACGCUGUAGCCUUCAAUUUCUUACACACGUGGCCUUUCAGCGACGUGUACUGCAGGAUAACAUUGAGCUCGAUUUACAUUUCCCAAGGGGUUUCCGUUCUCACCCUGUCGGCGCUUAGCGCCGAUCGGUACUACGCCAUCGCGCGUCCGAUGGCGCGACGCAAGAUCAACGUCGCAAACUACACGCUGGCCGUCGUGGUAGCUAUCUGGGUAAUGUCUUUCCUGUGCGGCAUCCCGGCGUUCUUCAUGGCCGACACUAAUGGCUUCUGCACCCUCCCUUACCAAAGUUACAACUAUAAGGUAUACCUCGUGCUGCAGUUUGUUGGACUUUACGUCAUCCCCUUGGCGUUGAUUACCAUGUUCUACUCUCUCACUGCGCACACUUUGAUACGCGGAGUCAAGACCAUUGGGCAGAAGGUACGAGACGGUAACGGGAGGCGAGACCCCCAGUCCCAGGCACGCCGUCGCCUCGCCAUCAUCGUCCUGGUCGCCGUGGUGUGUUUCGCCGUCUGCUGGGGUCCCUACCAUGUCUACGACAUCUGGGCGGAGUUCGAAACUGACAUUUCGGUAUUCCUGACACCCGGCAUGACAUUCUACCUGAAUAUAAAAUACCUUCUCCCCCCACUGAGUGCUAGUUUGAACCCGAUCGUGCUCUACGUCAUGAGCUCCAACUACAGACGGCACUUCAAGAGGAUGUUUCUGAGUUGGUGUCCGUGCUGUCGGGAUAGCAAGCAACCACUGACCCAUACGUGGACCCUACUAACGGCUUUCAAGACCAUGCCGACGUCGAGACGAAGCAGCGCGGAGUUUCAACUGAAACACAGCUCGUCAACGUUGGUAUCCCACAGUUAAAAUGGCACUCGAAAACCCAACAGUAAAUACACCACGGCCAGCUUAGACAUAUAACAAAUUAUUUAUAAUAUACUAAAAAUGAAACAUCCACAAUUUAUCCAAAUGGGAAACGCAUACGACGAGAGAGACUGAAAAGCCAAUUCAACUGGCCUGCAGCUGAUUUCACGAAACUCCAUAGGAUAAUUUAAUCCUAUCUCGAGUUAGGACGAGUAGCUCGCCCUAACUUAGGAUGUGUUCAAUGCGUCCUAACGUCUACGGAUACAGAACUUAACUCGUCCUAUAAAGUCCUAUGAUUAAUCCUAUUGUGGGGACGAGUUUUGUGAAAUCGACGGCUGGGGUCGAAUUCACAGAGAGAGAGUCCUAAUUUAGGACCAGUCCUUGGAAUUUUGAAAAACUGAAGGGCUAGCUAGCCCUAGUUAUAACUCGCUAACUGGAGAUAACACUAGUUUGAACUCUUUGUGAAAUCCACUCCUGGAUUGGCGCAGAAACUACGGAAGCCCGCACCGUGAUGUUACAGCUUUUGUGUUUGUUUCAGAAUUCCUUUUGGGGGCAAUUCCACAAAAUCAUCCCCUUGUUACAUUUUGAUGGAAGGAAUACUAAAUCUGGCUUUCUGGUGUGAUUUUUGUUCUUGGGUAUAUAUACAAGAUUAUUGUAAACAUGGCUGCAAAUCAAGUCAACAAAACCUCUCGUGUCAUCAUACUUGCUGUGGUUGUUAUACGUGAUUGAGUUGAGACUUGCCCCAAGACGAAUCUUAACUCAAAAAUAAGAAAUGUAAUUGUUCUCAAAAGAGAGGACCAGACUGAAUCACGAAUUGCAAGUCCAAGGCCUGGGGUUUCAAGUAAGCUUUGCAUUUGUAAAUAUUCACGUAUUCAGAAAAGAUUAAGAGUUAUUGACAUGCAAAUCAUCUACUCAGCGAAAUUAAAACAUGGCACUCGUUUUGUUUCCUUCAAGGAAACUGCAUGUUUGAACCGAAAUUACAGAAGACUCUCCUUUAACAAAAAGUGAUUAAAAUUAAAAUUAUUUAAUUUAUAAAUAUUAUCGUUAAAAACAUAAGGCUGACGGUCUUUGAAAAAUAUAUAACCAUAUAUUUUUUUGAAAGAAUUAUUUCGUAAUUUACUGCACCCAAGUAUUGGCUGUCGUUUUUAAAAUAAGAACCUUAAAAACUAGUGGUUUUCGCACUGUGCCUAUAAACGGUGCUACAGUUUUAGAUUUUUGCGAAAUUUCUUCAUUUUUUUGUUCUUUUCUUUGUUACUUUUGAUUGAUUUCAUUUCAUUUUUCGUUUGGAGUCGGGGUAGUUCUUUUGGUAAUGGCGUCAGUUCUGAAGCAAACCUAUAUUAGAGGGUAACGUUGCCUUGGAUUGGGUGUUUUAGCUAUACAAAGCGUUUGAAAGCGUUCGUUGUGAAAUUAAUAUGGUUGGAAAGAUUUGUUUUGUUAGUUAGAAAAAAAAUUGACUCACAAAAAUAAGUGUGGUUUUUCUUACUUCGUUAACUAACAUGGUCCGCCAUUUUGGAGAACCAAAUGUUUACGACUCGACAAUAUGGUGGAUCGUCUCAGUUCACGAAGUAAAAAGGAAAACCACACAAUAUUGAGUCAUUUUUGUGUGGGUCAUUUUAUUCUACUUUUUAAGCAUCUUUAAAACCAUAAUAGUUUCAUAACGAAACUUUUAAACUCUUUUUAUCAUCCCAAAAUCGCCCAAUUCAAAGCAAAGUGUCCCUUUAAAACAAAGAUGAGAGAAUGUGUGAGCUGUGUUUGUUUUGUGGAAAUGAUAAUGGCGGCUGUGACGAUGGAAUGGAGUCAAAUUUUUUUUAAAGAUGGCGUGUUUAUUUGCGGGGGGGGGGUGGUGACCAGAAAACAACAACACGCUAUGUUUUGAGUUUUUCUUUCAUUAUAAACUUAAUACCAGUGUUGACAUAAACGUAUGAAGAAAAAAAACAAUUUUUUAAAACUGCCAUGGGCCAUUUGAAAAGAAACAACCUGCUCGUGUUUUUAGUGUUCGAUCAUACAAACUUCAUACCAGUGUUUACUUUGUGAAACAGAUGACAAAUAAACCAAUCUCAAAAACUGCCAUGUGCAAUGUAAAAGCAAACAAUCUGCUCCUGUUGUUUAGUUUUGCUUAAUAGCUCACCUAUAAACUUCAUAACAGUGUUGACAUAAGAAACCGGGGGAAAAUAAACCAAUCUUAAAAACUGCCAUUUUGUUUAAAACAAAAACAUCUGUGUUCUCAAACACUUUUGUUUUCGUUUUUAAUGUCACCUUUUGAGUAGUAUAGUGUGUGAUUGUUUUGGGAUUUUUUUAUUUUAAUAAAAACAAGAGAUUUGAGGGAAUUCACCAAUGCUGCAUUAUACUAAUGCUGCAUUAUAAAGAGAGAGAGUGCCCAUGUGGGGUGUUUCAGACAAUGGAACAAUGAAACCUAACAAUGGUUCCUUUGUUUUAUUUAGAAAAAGAGUAAUAAUGGCGUGUGUUUUAAUAAUGAGAAGUUCUCGGUUUAAUGAGUGGAAGAACAUGUUCAUGUUUGAAUGUGUGUUGGAUUUGAAUGACUGUCAUCCAGAGGGCUUACAACAUUUUUACAAAAUGGAACAAUGGACCCCACAGGGGAAUUCUUUGUUCACCCUGGUACCAACAUGGGAAUUCUUUAAAUCCAUUGGACACUUUCGGAACAGAAAAAAAAGUUCACAGAUUUACAAAUAACUUUUACAGGGUUUACAGA